AUGACCGGCCGAACUGAAAAGGCCCUUCUUCCAGGCCACGGAAAGUCACACAAACAACUGCGUGAGGCGAAGAAGGCGGAGCGAGCAGCCGCAGGAGGCAAGCCUGGCAGAAAGCCGAAGGCUAAGAGAGGUUAUCAAGCGAACCAACAACUAGAAGAUCCAGUUGCACCAGCCUCGUUGCCGACUCGACAAGCACUCACACGUGUGCGGCCUCGCUUCUCGAUACCAGACGUGCCAUUGCCAGUGCUGCGUGCAGACUACGAGCAGCACUUCCGCACUCGUAGCGAGCUGAUCCUUAUCGAAGAUCCAGAGUACACACUCGAACACAUCUAG